AUGAAUAUUCUUCACACUUCUCGGUAUCUUCUUGCUCCAAGUCAUAAAUAUCAAAGUUCACAAAAGCAAAUCAAAUUUUUAAAGAUCACACCUGCAGCUGCUCGCGAAUUUACAUUAUAUCGAAGUAAACCUCACUCCACUAUCACUAAUUCACAAAUGUCAUCUGCUUGGUUUCAGCGACUUUUCCUGAACCACCAACCACUUCCCAAUGGUUCCAAUAACAACUCGAGUCUGAAUAUACCCGGGGCGUACCCUCAGGAGAGUGGAGAGUCAGUAGAGCCUAGUGCCAGAAAUAGGUUCAACUCUCGUAACAUAGAGCUCUACUUGAGCAAAGCACUUGAAUACAUCCAAAUGGUGGUUAUAAAGCCAAUCAUAUUUAUAUUGUUCGUUGUGUUCACGGUGUUUGCCAAACUCAUCAACACGAUAUAUUUCAGAGAUCAAUUUAAAAGGCACAGACUCAACUCGGGAACACUUUAUGAUCCCUUGAACAAGUCGAAUAAAUUCAUAAGGGAUAUCGAAGAUAACCUACAGCCUGGUCAAAAUCAUGAUAUGUUACCUCCCUUCUACCAAGGCAGCUACACACAGGCGUUGUACAUGGCUACUCAUAAGGCCAAGUUCUUAUUUGUGUACUUGACGAACCCUGAAAACGAAAAUAAUUCUUCCAUCUUCAACAAGGUAGUGAUAAAUGAUAAGUUCAAGGCUUUGUUUAAUGACCCUGACUUCAUAAUAUGGGGAGGUGAUUUGACUAACCCUGAGUCUUACCAGUUGGCAAAUAGCUUGAACGUCACCAAAUUCCCGUUUUUGGGCUUGUUAGCUCUAACCAGAACCACCACCAUGUCCCCCAAUGGGCCUGUUAAGAGCACUCCUAAGAUAUCGUUAUUGGUGAAGAUUCAAGGUGAGAUAGGUAGUAGCACAAACGUCAACGCUUUGAUCCAAAACAAGUUUGUAAAGAAAAUUGAAAAGUAUGAGCCAGAAUUAAGAUUGAUAAGAAAAGAGCUUUUGGAUAAGUUCAUAAACCAAGUGUUUACUCAGCAGCAAGAUUUGAACUACCAAAGAUCACUUGCUAAAGACAGAUUGAAGAAAGAGCAAAAGAUGCAAGAACAACUUGAAGAAGAGUAUUUUAAAUGGAAGCUUGACUAUUUCAACAACUUGAACUUGGAAGAAAUAACUGACAAAGCCAAGAUCGCUAUCAAGAUUCCCAACGGAGAGAGAGUCACAAGGUUGUUCCCCGCUGAUAGUGACAUUUCGGAAAUCUUUGACUAUGUGGAGUUAACCCGUAAGGACUACUUUAACAAAUCAUUUGAUAAAAACGUGGAUCCACUGAAACUCGUUGAUUUCAGGCCAACUUACAAGUUCAAGUUGAUGUCUCCACUACCUCCCAAAAUCACGUUGAACGAGCAAUUGAAUAAUAAUAUCUUGAUAAAACACUUGAAUUGCAUCUAUCCUAAUGGGUUGUUAAUUGUGGAGGAACUUGAAUAA